UAAAACAAAACAAAACAACGCAACUUUUGCAUUGAGAUCGAUCCCAGAUUGUGUGGUGCGCGGGAAUGAUUUUGAGCAAAAUUUCCAAUCGACUAGUGAUCGUUCGGAAUUUUCGCAGAGAAUUCACAAAUUGCUUCUGCCAAAGGGCAAACGAUCGGUGGUCGGAAUUCAUCGUGAAACGCAGAAUGGAAGCAAGUGCAAUCGCCCGGCCGGAUCCGGUGGUGCUGAAGAUCGAUACGCCUGAAUUUCGGUCCAUUUUUACGAAAGAACUCGAAGAUUUGAUUGAUUUGUUCAAGAGAUACAAUUAUGAGAUUCGUGUCGCUGGAGGAGCUGUGAGGGACAUCCUUAUGGGGAAAUGCCCCAAGGACAUAGAUAUUGCUACGACGGCUACGCCAACGGAAAUGAAGGAAAUUUUCACCAAGGAAAACAUCCGUAUGGUCAACAUGAACGGAGAAAAGCAUGGAACGAUCACGCCGAGGAUCAACGAUAAGGAAAACUUUGAAAUCACUACUCUCAGAAUUGAUGCUGUGACGGAUGGCCGGCAUGCUGAAGUGAUCCAUACCACGGACUGGCUGCUGGAUGCCAAUAGGCGCGACUUGACCAUCAAUUCGAUGUUUUUGGGAUUCGACGGUAAAGUGUACGACUACUUCUACGGAUACGAAGAUCUACAGAAACGUCGCGUGGCAUUCGUCGGCGAUCCGGAUUUGCGAAUCAAGGAAGAUUAUCUCCGCAUUUUGCGAUACUUCCGGUUCUACGGAAGGAUAGCCGAGCAGGAAAAUAAUCACGAUGAAGAAACCCUACGGAUCAUCGCAAAGAACGCUUCCGGACUGGCAAGGAUCAGCGGCGAGAGAAUCUGGCAGGAGUGGAAGAAGAUAUUGUCGGGAAAUUUCGGUUGCAAUUUGACGAUCAAGAUGAUAGACUGUGGAUUGGCUCCUCACAUGGGUCUGCCCGAAAAGCCAAACACGGAUGAAUUCAAGGCUGUAUUCAAAAGGGUAGAAUCCGCUCACAAAGGCGAAAUACAACCCAUAACAGUCCUUUCGGCCUUGCUACGAGUUCCAGAGGAUGCAAUUACCCUCAACUUACGACUGAAAUUCACAGUCUUCGAAAGAGAGUUAUCCUACUUUCUUACGCAGAACCGAGAGGAAUUCAAGGAAGUCGAUGAACUUCUACCAUAUCAACAGCUGACACUCCAUACCAUCGGAAGCGCGAAGCUUAAGAAGGAGUAUGUUCUGGAGCUACUCCGGUAUCACGGCAAACGGGAUCUGUACAAUCAGCUCAAGGAGUGGGAGAUUCCAGCCUUUCCCCUCAAGGGUAACGCCUUGAUCGAAAAAGGUGCACCGAAGGGUCAAAAGCUGGGUCAGGUAAUGAGCGAACUGAAAAUGAUUUGGGCUGCCAAUCAGUUCAAUAUGAGUGAAUCGGAACUAUUGGAGCAUUUGCCGAGUGUGCUGGAAAAACUUGAGCUUUCCAAGAAGGUGUGAGAAACUAUGGUUAUGUUGUUGCCUGAAACAUGGUGGUUGAUGGGCAACUUGUUACGUAA